GAUUCCACUCAAACUCCAUUGAGUGGAGCUCUUCCCAACCACAGGACCUCACCUCUCGUAGCCUUGCUCUCAUUUUUUAUCUUAACUUUUUUUGGGGGAAAAGUUGGUUUUGUGUACACGGCAGACAGUAUAGUAGGCUUUUGUGCGAGUUGAUUAAAAAGCUUCAAUCAUUCGUUUCAUCUUAGCUAGCCAGUAGCAAAGAUUCUUCCUUUCUUUUCUUCUGUUUUCUUUGCUUUCCAUCCAUCCAUUCAUAUAUACGGAGGGAGGGAGGGAGAGGCACUCGCUAGCUAGUUGAUUGCAGUUUCCAGAAGCUAGCUAGCCAGCCAGUGAUAUCGAUCCAUGGGGAAGGGCCGCAGCUGCAGGUACGGAUCAGAGCGGCUGCUCUACCCCGUCCAGGCCAGCGGUCACCACGUCGCUGGCGGCGCCGAUCACCUCGCCGACCUCGACGAGGAGGAUGUCUGGUCGGUGCUCGCGGCGCCUGCGCCCGACUCCAACCGCUCCACCGGCAGGCAACCUGAGCAAGAGCGUCGCGGGCGGUGGACCGCAGGGGGCCUGUCGCUGGCGUUCGAGGCAACGGCGUCCACGCCGGCCGGGCGCCACCAUCAUCACGUGGCGAGCUCGGCGCCUGUCAGGGUGCCCGAGUGGCCGGCGGCCAGGUUCCCGGCUGUGUCUGGCGAGCACGGCUACGGCGUGAGCUGCCGUGAGGAGGAGGGGGAGUGGAUGGCGCCGCACGAGUACCUGCAGGCCCAGGCACGGAGCAGCGGGCGCGGCACGGCGGCGCCGUCGGUGUUCGAGGGCGUGGGGAGGACCCUGAAAGGGCGCGACCUCAGCCGGGUGCGCGACGCCGUCUGGAGCAACACCGGAUUCUUCGGCUAAGCAAGCAAUACCAUGCACCUCAUCAUCAUCGUCUCGUGUCAGCUCAACCAGCUACUCAUAAGCUCGGAGGGAACUUUCCUGCUGGAUCAUUCGUUAUAAGAUGCAUGUACUGUUCUUAAUCAGUACGUAUGAAUUAGGAUAGGAGGUGUCGGAAAAUAUGAAGAAAAAAUUAGGUGAUUGAUUAAUUAUUAAUUAAUCUCCUGCAGUAUGGAGUACGUAUGUAGCUGCUGCAGGUAGAGUUUUGGAUCUGUUUCGAUUGUAUUGGGUUGUGUGCUAUCCCUAGCUAGCUAGCUGCCGAUAUCGUCAGUUUGUGUCACCAUGAUCAACCGACUUCUCCGAAGAAAAUUCCAAUUUGAUUAUUAUUAGCUCAAA